AUGGAGAGAGGAGGUUAUAGAGGCGGAGGAAGAGGUGGUCCUGGUGGUAGGAGCAGUGGUAGAAGAGGAGGUUAUGGAAGGGGAAGGGAUGGUGGUCGUAGUGGCGGGUAUGAUGGUGGUCGUGCUGGCGGGUAUGAUGGUGGUGGUCGUGCUGGCGGGUAUGAGGGUGGCGGUCGUGCUGGCGGGUAUGGUGGUGGUCGUGCUGGCCGGUAUGAGGGUGGCGGUCAUGGUGGCCAUGAACAUCAGCAUUGGAGACCAACCAAUGAAGGUGGUGCCGGCGGUCCUACACCCGGUCAAAGUGUUGGUGGAGUGGGGGCCACAAUGGGUGGUGGGUCACAGUCAGAGCGGCAUGGAGGUGGUCCACGUAGUCAAAGUGGUGAAAUGGGGCCUAGAAGGGGUUGGGAAGUUGGCCGCCGUGGUGGUGUUGACGAGGAAGGAAGGAGCGAUCAGGUUUCAGAAACUGGGAGAGGAAAGGGACCCUCGAUACCUGUUAAUGCGGAUCCAUCUAGAAAUUGGGCUUCUGGUUCUAAUUCUUCUGGUGAUCUUGAACGAAGUAAUUUGCCAAAAGGAUUGGCUUCUUGCUCUUUGGACAAUGCUGAUAGGAUCAGUCCAGUUCAACGACCAGAUAAAGGUGGCAAACUGGCUGUCCGAAGCCCGAAGCUUCUUGUAAAUCAUUUUCCUGUCAGGUUCAAUCCUGAGGGUAUCAUAAUGCAUUAUGAUGUUGAUAUCAAGCAAGAAGUGCUUCCCAAGCAUGGUCGGCCUGGAAAAAUUUCGAAGUCCAAUUUAGCAAUGAUCAGGGAUAAGUUAUUUGCUGAUGAUCCUUCUCGGUUUCCCCUAGCUAUGACUGCUUAUGAUGGGGAGAAGAACAUUUUCAGUGUGGUUCCCUUACCCACCGGAACAUUUAAAGUGGAGGUCUCUGAGGCAGAAGAUGUGAAACCGCGUUCUUACCUAUUUACCAUAAAGCUUGUGAAUGAACUUCACCUGCGCAAGUUGAAGGAUUACUUGAGUGGGAAACUUCGUUCAAUACCUCGUGACAUAUUACAAGGAAUGGAUGUGGUGAUGAAGGAGCACCCCGCCAGGAUGAUGAUCUCUGUUGGCCGUAGCUUCCAUUCUUUUAGAGCUCAUCAAGAUAACCUUGGGCAUGGAAUCAUAGCAUCCAGAGGGAGUCAACAUGGUCUCAAGGCGACUUCCCAGAGCCUAGCUCUUUGCUUGGAUUACUCUGUUCUGUCAUUUUACGAGCCAGUUCCUGUGAUAGAUUUCUUGAGAAAACAUAUUUCUGGGUUUAAUUUAAAUAAUUUUGGAAAAUUUUGUAGAGAUGUGGAAGGUGUGUUGAAGGGUCUCAAAGUUAGAGUGACUCACCGUGUCACCAAACAAAAAUAUGUUAUUACUGGGUUGACGAGAGAUGCCACACGAGAUAUUUCAUUUCCUCAAGAAGAUCCAGAUGGCAAGGCUUCACAAGAGGUUAGGCUUGUUGAAUAUUUCCGGAAAAAAUAUAGCAGAGAUAUAGUGCAUCAAGAUAUCCCAUGCCUAGAGAUGAAAAGCAACACAAAGAACUAUGUACCAAUGGAGUUCUGUGUCUUGGCUGAGGGCCAAAUAUUUCCAAAAGAGUAUCUGGAUAAAAAUAAAGCCCUGGUGUUGAAGGAAAUCUCACUACCAAAGCCAAAGGAUAGACAGAAAUCAAUAUGCAGUAUGGUGCAGGAUGGAGAUGGACCUUGUCGUGGAGAGAUUAUCCGAAAUUUUGGAGUGGAAGUCAGCAUGAAUAUGACCCCAGUGGUGGGUCGUGUGAUUGAGCCACCUGAAUUGAAUGUAGGUGCACCCAAUGGCAGAGUGAUUAAGAUACCAGUUGACAAGGAGAAGUGCCAAUGGAAUCUUGUUGGAAAAGGAGUGGUGGAAGGGAAACCAAUUGAGCGAUGGGCUGUCCUUGACUUCAGCUGUGAUGAUUAUCGAUUCCGAUUAAAUCCCAAUCAAUUCAUCCCAAAGCUUAUUGCUCGGUGCCAAAAACUGGGGAUUCGCAUGGAAGAGCCCCUCUUUUAUCAAGAUACUAGCAUGCGGAUGUUUUCUAAUGUUGAUGCACUUCGUGAACUUCUUGAAGCAGUCAAUGACCGUGUUCACAAAGUCUGUAGAGGCCGGUUGCAGUUUCUUCUCUGUGUCAUGUCAAGGAAGGAUCCUGGUUACAAAUAUCUCAAAUGGAUUUCUGAAACCAAAGUCGGUAUUGUGACACAAUGUUGUUUGUCCCCUCCUGCGAACAAAGGAAAUGAUCAGUACCUUGCUAAUCUUGGUCUCAAGAUUAAUGCUAAGCUUGGAGGAAGCAAUGCAGAGCUCAGUGACAGACUUCCGUACUUUGGGGAUGAAAACCAUGUCAUGUUUAUUGGGGCUGAUGUCAAUCAUCCUGGUGGUCGACACACAACAAGUCCAUCUAUUGCAGCUGUUGUUGGUACCAUAAAUUGGCCAGCUGCAAAUCGCUAUGCAGCUCGAGUUCGUCCUCAGGAUCCUCGUAAAGAGCAGAUUUUGAAUUUUGGCGAUAUGUGUUUGGAGCUUGUUAAAUGUUAUUCUCGGCUCAAUAAAGCGAAACCUGAGAAGAUUGUGAUAUUCCGUGAUGGUGUCAGUGAGGGCCAGUUUGAUAUGGUUCUUAAUGAAGAGUUAAUGGACAUCAAGAGGGCUUUGAAGUCAAUCAAUUACACCCCAACCAUAACACUCAUUGUUGCCCAGAAGCGGCAUCUGACUCGUCUUUUUCCUGGGGAUGGGGGAUCUACUGGCAAUGUGUCUCCAGGCACAGUUGUGGACACAACAAUUGUUCAUCCUUUUGAGUAUGAUUUUUACCUCUGUAGCCACUACGGAACCCUAGGGACAAGCAAGCCCACGCAUUACUAUGUUCUAUGGGAUGAGCAUGGCCUCGGUUCUGACGUGCUGCAGAAGGUCAUAUACAACAUGUGCUUCACAUUUGCUCGUUGCACAAAACCUGUGUCAUUAGUCCCACCAGUCUACUAUGCCGACCUCGUUGCUUAUAGAGGAAGGCUAUACUAUGAGGCAGUAAUGGAAGGGCAGUCUCCAUCUUCUGUAUCAUCUUCAUCAUCUUCAAGGACUUCAUCAUCACUUUCAGUGGCAGCUUCGGUGGAAGAAAGGUUUUGUAUGCUGCAUGCAGACCUGGAAAACAUCAUGUUUUUUGUUUGA